UGACUCUUCAUUAUAAUGGUUCAGAGCUUGUCCCGCGACUACGACAUCGCUAUCAUCGGUGGCGGCAUUGCCGGCAUCACCCUCGCCAUUGGCCUGGUGCGUGCCAACGUCCCCGUCACUCUGUACGAAUCGGCCAAGGCGUUCGGGGAAAUCGGCGCCGGUGUCGCUCUCGCCGCCAAUGCCGCUCGAGCAAUGGAACUACUAGCUCCAGACAUCAAACGCGGCUUCGAUCGCGUCGGGACGUUCAAUCUCUUAACGGUCAAGAAGAAUGUAUGGUUCGAUUUCCGCAAAGGUGUCGGCACCCGAGGCAACAACGUCGACGACGGAGCCGGUAAACUGAUUACUAGUGUCGAGACACCUGCAGGAUCGGCUUACGUCCACCGUGCUCACUUCCUCGACGAAAUGGUCAAGCUCAUUCUGGAGGGGGUAGCCAAGUUUGACAAGCGUCUUCAAGACAUCGAGACGCUCCCCGACGGUGACGUCAAGCUCAAGUUUACCGACGGAACAGAAGCUGUGCACAGCGCCGUGAUCGGAUGCGAUGGCAUCAAGUCGCGAACACGCAAGGUGAUCCUUGGUGAGAUGACCCGGCCGCCAACGCCGUCUUCUCUGGCCGCCGCAUUACUGGGCGACGAGAUGGCUCGCAACAGCCAAAUGUACUUUGGAUACCAUGGCCACGUGCUGACGUUCCCCAUCCAACAUGGCGACGUCAUGAACGUGGUGGCGUUUGCCAGCAAGGAGGAAUGGAAAGACCCGAACUGGGUCGUAGGCACCACCAAAGAGGACCUAACCAAGGACUUUGUGGGCUUCUCCAAGCAUGUUCGUGGCAUCAUCUCAAUGAUGGAGAAUACUGAUAUCUGGGCAUUAUUUCAUCACCUUCCUGCUCGCACCUACACGCGCAAACGCAUGCUUGUCAUUGGCGAUGCAGCUCACGCCACAACGCCGAACCAUGGAUCGGGUGCAGCGAUGGCCAUUGAAGACGCGUACGUACUGGCAUCACUGUUGGCUGACGUGCACCACGCGUCCGACCUGAAGGGAGCCUUCGAGGCAUUCGAGAAGUUGUACGACUUCGAGCUGCCUGGCUACGAGGACGACGUGAAGAAAAUCGCGAAGAACCUACAGAAACGUAUGCGCUGGAUCUGGGAGGAAGACCUGGAGCAGGAAGUAGCAGACGCCAAGUUGUUCUUUCAGACCGCGGCUAAGCAGAAGUAUUAA